AAAGCUGUGUGUGGAACCUGAACCAGAGAGGAGAUGAUAAACAACAACAACAACACUGUCUCUCAGCCUGACUCUGACCGCUGCGGCUCCCUGACUCUCUCAGUCUGAACCGACGCGUUUCUGCUUCCUGUUUUUUUCUUCUUUUCCUGAACUCAGACAAGUUGUUGGGAACUUUUUUUUUUUUUUUUUUCACCGGAGUUGUCGCUGGAGUUUUGUUUCCAGUCUGACCUGCAUUGCAACCAAACCCUCGCUGCUGCUCCUUCUUCUUCUUCUUCUUCUUCUGCUGCUGCUGCUGCUGCUGCUGCUGCGUGUGGAGAAAAACCACAUCCACAAGGCCGGAGAGAGUCUGUGGAGGGAACCAUGGAGAUCCUGGACAGUAGUGAAUCGUUCCUACACUGGGACAGGAACCUCAGCGAGCUGUCUGAGGCCGGGGAGAUCGACUCUGUGCUCUACACCAAUCACUUCUCCGAGCUCCUCGACGACCUGUCCCAGGAUGCUUUGCUGGGCCAGCUGCUCAGCGACCCCUUCCUCUCCGGGGUGAGGGGCGGAGUGGAGGCCAUGGAGGGCGAGGACGGAGCGGACCUGUCCCCAUCCUCCCCUCUGCCCCCUCACAUCACCGCCGAGCACAGCUACUCGCUCUGCGGGGACAGCCGGCCACAGUCGCCCCUGUCGCACCUGACCGGAGAGCAAGGCAGUGACGCAGCAGAGUCUGAUGGGGAUUCAGCCGAGUGGCCCAUGGAGCAGGAGGAAGUUAUUGAAGGCCUCCUGUGCGAGACCCCCUCCCUCCUCCCCACCCUCUCCCUGUCUCUGGCCUCUAGCGACGGGGCCCAAGCCCCUGAGCGCCCCGCCGUGGCCCCCGCCGCCACCCCAGCUCAGACCGCAGUCACCAGCCAACACCAGGGCAAAGGCAUCAAGAUAAAAGAGGAGAAUAUCAUCCCUCAGAUUAAACUGGAGCCUCAUGAAGUGGAUCAGUUUCUCAAUCUUUCACCCAAAGGUCUGGAGUCUCUGCAGAUGCCUCCCACUCCUCCCAGUUCCCACGGCAGUGACUCGGAGGGCAGCCAGAGCCCCGUCCACGCCACGCCCGGCCUCUCCUGCCCCACCUCCCCCACCAGCCCCUCCCCAUCCCAGGCCAGCCUGAAGGUGUCGCCCCGCGCCGCCUCCUCCCUGUCCAACUCCCCCCUGCUCACCGCUCCUCACAAGCUGCAGGGCUCAGGACCGCUGAUCCUGACCGAGGAGGAGCGUCGCACCCUGGUGGCCGAAGGUUACCCCGUUCCCACCAAGCUGCCGCUCACCAAGGCCGAGGAGAAGGCGCUGAAGAAGAUCCGCAGGAAAAUCAAGAACAAGAUUUCAGCUCAAGAGAGUCGCAGGAAGAAGAAGGAGUACAUGGACGCUCUGGAGAAGAAGGUGGAGACCUGCUCCAACGAAAACAACGAACUACGCAGGAAAGUGGAAACUCUGGAGUGCACAAACAAGUCUCUGCUGCAGCAGCUGCAGUCUCUGCAGGCGGUGGUGGCAGGCAAAGUCCCCAAGUCCUGCAGGGUGGCUGGCACCCAGACAUCAUCAUGCCUAAUGGUGGUCGUGUUAUGUUUUGCUCUGUUUCUGGGGAGUUUCUACCCCAGCAGUCUGACUCCCUGCUCCACCAUCACUGAAACAGGCCUCACUUCCAAACAGCUGGCUGUCAAAGAGUCCUACACAACCACAGUGAAGUCGAGGAGUCUGUUAUCGACCUUCGAAGACGAGCAACCACACCUGCUCGGGCUGGGCGGCGAAUAUCCCGAGCAAUGGGAGGACACGCCAGCCGUCGUCAUGGCAGCAUGGCGUCACUCAGAGCAGCAGAAGCUGGGGGCGGAGCCCAGCAGGGUGGAAACACACCCACCUUUCAGGAAUAAAAACAACGACACGCAGUCGCCAAAAAACCUGCUGCUGGACCUGCACAGGUCUCUGGAGCAGAGGGCGAACGAGAGCAGUAGUAAAGUGAUAGAGCUGGAGCGAACGGUCAACGAGACCUCCUGAGGUUGAUGUCAACAUCUCCCCCACCUGACCUCCUUUACACCCCGUGAUGACCUUUGACCUUCCCCCCUCUAGAGCAUGGUUCAGUGUCCUGGAGCAAACCUCAUACAGUAGUUUCCACUGCUGAUUGUUUAAGGUCAUUUUUUUCUGCCAUCUCUGCUCAAUCAGAUACACUGUAAUAGUAAUCAUUAAUAUUAUUAAUAAUAAUGACAAUAAUAAUAAUAAUAAUAAUGAUAAUAAUAAUAAUAAUAAAGGGGCACCGGUUGCCUUAAUUUCUGAAGUAAAAGUUGCACUGAAUAGUUUUUACAUGAGUCAACAUACCAGUUUUUAGUUGUCUUAAUUGACCCGGCUUGAAACACUGUUAAAAAAUCACAUUCAGAUAAAUUCAAACAGAUCUAGUGAAAAUUUAAUUCCAGUGGACAGUGUCUUAAAAUAUGACGUGAGGCUUUUUACAGGACACUGACGAGGACCUCUGUAUUUAUAGAAACCUUUUUUUUUGUUGUCGUUUUUCAAAGAUUUAUUUCUCUUUGUAGUUGUAUUUCUUUUUAUUAUUAAAUGUUUAUAUUCAAUUCCAUUAAUGCAUACAUCACAUUUUGAUACUUUUUUUCGUGUUCAUACUGUAUUUUGUGAUUUUAUUUUAUUGUACUCUUUCAUGUAUUGUUCAUAUGUCUUUGUCUGACUCGAGGGCUUAGCUCGGGGUUCAUGCGCUUAUGUGGAAAAAAUCAGAGAAGUUUCUAAAUGAAUAUUUUGAGAUGUUUAAUGCAGUUGAAAGACCAAAUGUUAUUUCAUUUAUAUAAAGACACCUGUAGACAUUUUAUUUGGGAUGUUUACGUGGGGGCUUAUCAAUCGGCAGCUUCAGUAAGUCUUUAUUCUUUUCCUUUGACACGUGUGGACCAUGCUAACGACUUCUGAGGAGUCAAAUCAAAAUUUGAGACUUUUUUUUUUUCUUCUGCAAAAUAAUUUGAAUUUUGGUCAUUAAACGCAUCUUAAGGAACCACAUUUUUCAGGUUGCUCUUACAGAUGUUGGAUGAGAGCAGCCAAGUAGCAAAACAGCACGUCAAAAUAACUAUCAUGCAUCCCACGAUGUUUCCUUUGCUUUAAGAAAUUGUUCAACUCUUUUUGGAAAAAUUUGCUUAUUUGCUCUCAUGUCUGAAUGAUGAAUAUGAAGCUACAGCUAGCAGCUACAGCUAGCAGCUAGCUCUGUCCAAAGCUGAGAAAAAUCCAGCUGCUUCCAGUCUUUUAGAUUCACUGCACAGACCUUACACUUGCUGUAAGAAAGCAAGUAAGAGUUUCCCAAUAUGUCGGAACUAUUCCUU